CGUCAUUCUAUAGGCGAGAGAUUAAUUAGUUUAUUCAAUGUGACAGGAAUUUACUUUUGCCUUUGUAAGUUCGUAAACUGCGUAAAAUCCAUAACAAUUUAUUUACAAGGGUUUAAAAAAAAUUUCUGAAGGAAAAUAAGGGUGCAAAUCUGUCGAAAAAUUUCAGAAAUUAUAUUUUGUAAAAUAAUUUUGUAAAAGUUACACCGUUUUCAAAAUUCGGCGUGAAUUGACACUCAGAAAAUACCAAACAAUGGACAAAACGGGUGUAAUCGUCGUGCUAUUAUUUACUUGUGUAACGCUCCUUCAAGCCGUGACCUCAUCUCCGCAAGGGCGUCAAGGAAUUUUAGAAUUUCCUAAGCAAAUUGCCACCAUAAUUCGAAACACGAUAGAAGAAAGUAUCGAUGUCGUGUUCCCCACACCGACGCAGAAGACGGAACCACCACCGGUCCAACUUUCGACAAAAUCUCCACCACCACGUCGCCGUCGUCCAACCGUGAAACCCACGCUGCCCGGCGAUACGAAAUUGGGACAGUACUUCGUCGAUAAUUUUAUCAUUACGGAUCCCCCGAAAAGUACAGAAGGACUAAAAACUGAACGAACCCAAACGCCUAGAAUUCCUCCCACGGUGGGACAACCCAUCUAUCCGGUGGGCCCGUUAAGUCCGGACGAGGUGGACGAGUACGUUUAUCUGCUCGGGUUUCAAACCACGGCAAAGUCCACGCCACGUGCUCCCCCAGAAACUACACCCGUGCCACCGCUCGAACAGACGUUCGAACCCGAGGAAGAAGACGUCGAAACGACCACGGUAGCUUCGUCUUCGGUGGAGGAAGGUGUCGACGAAGAGGUGACGACAACUGAGGAUGGCGAUGAGGUCGUGGCGACAACUAGUGAGACCGUAACGGAAGGGGGAGAUGAAGGGGAAGCAGGAAGUUAAGUAAGGAUGGGGGGAUAGAUUAUGCAAAAUAUGCAUGAUGUGCAAAUUGUAAAAUUUAAAAUUGGAUUUUAAAACAAUAAAUGAAAUUUCCAAAUUUUUCGUGAUUA